AUGCCUGAAAAUCCUGUAUAUUGCUCUAAUUUUGAAAAAGUAACAUCUAUUCAGCAAAAUAAUCCAGACGAAUUAACUAAUAUGAGAAAAUUUAACAGUGACAACAGUAUAUUAAUUAAACAAAUGGAUGCAGAUCAUUUUGAUGUGGAAGAUCAAAUUAAAUUUGAAAAAGAAAUAGUCAGUGGGAAUGAUUGUCCUCCAUGUAAUCAGUUAACAGUGACAAGUACCUCAACCACGACGUCGACGACGACAAUGGUGACAACUAUGUCAACACAACCUGACCAUUCAUUUUUAACGAAUAAUUCGACCUCAUUAAAUUUACCAACUAGCACAAUUCAUCUUAAUACUACUACUAAUAAUAAUACGUUAAUUAAUUCGCAAUUAUUGAGUUCGGAUGUCAAUAAUGAUAGUUUAAACCAUCAAAAUGAAAGAUUCAGUAAUCAUAUCCUAGAUGCUAAUAACAGUAAUAAUAAUCGUAUAUGUAACAAUAAUAAUUUCACAGCAUACAAAUAUCCCUCUCAAUCAAUUUAUACUAAUAAUUGUCAAUUGUUACCGGUUUUGAAUCCCCAACACCAACAACAAACCUCUUGCAGUGAUCAAAGUGAAUAUAACUUAGACCAGUUACCAACAAAUUCUUCUAUUAAUGAUACAAUACAAGUAUGUCCAGAAUUACCUACGAAUAACUUGACCAAAUCUUCCCAUUCUUCUGUUGACAUUGUCAGUACAAAUCAUUGUGAUAGUGAUAUUAUUCUCAUUCAUAAUAAAGUUAGUCAAUGUACUCAUCAGUCUAAUCAUUAUCAUAAAAAAUCUCAAUUAAUUUUCAAUGACAUUAGAUCUAUGGACAAACCAUACAAUACAUCAUUCUAUUGUCCAAUAACACCAACAACCAAUCAUCAUGGACAUAUACAAUUAUGGCAAUUUUUAUUAGAAGAAUUACAAGAUCCUGAAGCAAAUGCAUUUAUUUCAUGGACUGGUUAUGAAAAUGAAUUCAAAUUAAAAGAACCAAAUCAAGUAGCACAACGAUGGGGUGCUAGAAAAAAUAAACCAAAAAUGAAUUAUGAAAAAUUAAGUCGUGGUUUACGAUAUUAUUAUGAUAAAAAAAUUAUUGAAAAAGUUUCUGGAAAACGUUAUGUUUAUCGAUUUACACGUAAUUUAAAUGAAUUAAUUAAUAAUCAAUUUACAGAAUCUGUAUCCUCAUCAACUUCAACCACAUCAUCGUCAAUGACAUCAUCGUCUAUGACAUCAUCAUCUAUGCAUAAUAAUCAACAUUUUAAUAAUUUUAUGAAUAUGAAAACAUUCAAAAGAUCAUUACAUAAAAAGAACACAUGGACAAAUGAAAUUUUUGAAGAGAUCUAA